AUGUCCGCGUUGAGAGAAUCGUCCGACGUUCGCAGCAUCGCGGAGGAAGAGGUCGAACGUCUCAAGACCGAACUCGCUUCCAAGACGGAUGCACUGAAGGAAAGGGAUCUGGACGUGGUUCGCUUGGAAUCGGAUCUGAAAGCCGCGAGGAGAAAGUCGAUGCAGCCGCCACCUGAAGAGAGCGGACUCGAGCUGCAGCAAAAGCUGCAGGAAGCCGUCCGCAAACUGAAAGACCGAGAGAGAUCGCACGCCGACUUGGAAGAGGAGUUGGAAGAAAAAGAUGACAAAAUCAGUGCGCUGAAGAAAGAGUCGACGCUCGCCAAGACCGCGAUGUCCAUGUACGAAAAGCGGGUGGACGUCUUGGAAGAAAACCUGAAAACGGCUUGCAAGCGAUACGACGAGGAAGUGAAAAACAGACGGAUUGUGGAGGCGGCCGUGAAAAAGGCAGACGAGCACGCGCAAUCCAUGGCCGACAAGAACGUCGAAUUGCAGAGAGAACUGUUAAGACGGCAACCCGAAGAGUCGUUGUACGAAAUGGAAGUGAGCAUCGGAGAGAAGGAGGAGUUGCGGCGAGAGCAAUCCGAUCUGGAGGAGGAACGGAAGACGGUUAUGCGAUUGAAGAGUGCGAUCGAGGACCUGAAAAAGGACCAAACGCGUCAUUCGGAGGUUCUUGAAGAGAACAGGAACCUGAAGGAGGAGGUGGAAGCGAACGCCAGGAGGAUCGAAAGUAUCGACGACGAACUUCGCUCGUCGAAACGGACGCUCGGCGACAGAGACAGACUGAUUUCGGACAAAGAUCGAGCGACGUCCAACCUCAAGAAGGAAAUCGCCACUCUCAGAGACGAACUUCGUGCCGAAAAGGACAAG